AUGAGGCUAAUGAAAGUUUUCAUUAUAUUUGCUACUCUAUUUUUCCAUUUUUCGAUCGUUUAUAGCUGCCUUGAAGGAGAAAGAGAAGCUCUAAUGAGCUUCAAGUCCUUGUUGACUGAUCCAUCCAAUCAGUUAUCAUCAUGGAAAGAUGUAAACUGUUGCAAUUGGAAAGGGAUCAAAUGCUCGAGUGAAGGUCGUGUUGUAGUUGUGAAUCUUCGGAAUGUUAAUCCAGAUGAAGUCAUAAUCAAUAGCAAUAAGGAAGUUGUUUCAAGUUCUAACAACAUAUCUGAUUUUGCCCUCAAAGGGACUAUAUCUCCUCUGCUCUUUACUCUUGAUGAUCUGCAAUAUCUCGACUUGAGUUUCAACAACUUCAUGUAUUCAAAGUUACCUGUUGAGAUAUCUAACUUAACAAAGUUGACUUAUCUCAAUCUGUCAAAUGCUAUGUUUCAAGAUACCAUCACUACACAAUUCUCAAACCUUACAUCUCUAAGGUAUCUUGAUCUUUCGUGCGCUUAUUUAGUACCCGAUUUGUCUUCUAUUACUGUUAGCUUGACAUUACCACCAAAGUUGGAUUUUGGCUCAUUUGUAUCUUUUAUAAGCUAUGGUUAUUUGUCUAGUCCAAAUCUAAGGUGGUUAGAAGGACUUCGAUGUCUAAGAUAUCUAGUAUUGACAGGUGUUGAUCUAUCAAAGGCCUCGGAAUCAUUUCAUUGGGCUAAACCAAUAUCAAGUCUUUCAAAUCUCAUGUCACUUCAAUUGUCUAGCUGCAACAUUUCAGGAAGAAUUCCAAUAGAACAAUUGCUUAACCUUACUAGUCUUUCUACUCUAGAUAUGCGUUCUAACGUUCUAGCAUCCACGAUACCUGAUAUGAUAUCGAAUCUCACAACCCUCUCAGUUGUUAAUUUUCGUGGCAACAAUUUAGAUGGUCAUAUCCCUUACCUUCCUCAACUCAAAAGACUUUCUGUUUCUAGCAAUCCUGCUAUGACCAUAGAUCUUGUUUCAAUGUUUUCAGCCCCAUGGCCAAAGUUGGCAUUUCUUGACAUAAGCUUCACUCGGGUAGGUGGACUGAUUCCUCCUUCUUUAAGCAACUCAACUUUAUUAUCCUUUUUCCGAGCUGAUGGAUGCUCGAUCCAAGGGUCGAUACCUUCUUCCAUUACAAAACUUCAGAAAUUAAGUAUAUUGAUGCUCAAUAACAAUGAUAUCACAGGUCAACUUCCUGUUUCCAUGUCCAGUUUAGUAAGCCUUCAAUACUUAUCUUUGUUCCAGAAUAGCUUACAAGGGUAUAUUCCAAAUUCGAUUUGUCAAGUCCCCUCCCUGGAGUACCUGAAUUUACAAUGGAACGAUCUAACAGGACGUCUUCCCUCGUGCAUACUUCAGCUUCCUAAGCUUUCAUUUCUUUAUGUUCAGAUGAAUAACCUUAAUGCCCACAAUUUUGGAAUUUACAUCUUGCAACAUGAGAGGAGAAAUCCCGGAGUUCUUUUCAAAUCUGACGAGUCUCAAGAUUUUGAUUUUGGCUAA